AGCUGUACACAGUUUUCAGCAACUCUGCAAUAUCUGGUGUUUUGAACCACAUGAAAUAUCUUGAUCGCGAGCUCAAAGCACCGCGAGCUGUAAUCAUAGCGAACUAUUUUCGACUUCACUCUGGUGUUUGUGAACUGCAUGAUUGAGCUAAAAUUUUGUAUGGGACUAAGGACAUAGGUCUCAUUUAUUUGUUUGUUUGCUUGUUUGUUCAUUUACUUAUUUAGAGAGAGAGAGAGAGAGAGAGAGAGAGAGAGAGAGAGAGAUUUUCACGAAUGUCCAAACGGUGGGAGAGUGUCCAAAUGGCCGCUAUAACAGGCGUAAUCUCAUACAAUCUGAAGUUACUAACAAAUCUGCGGUGCAUAGGACAUAAGAACCCCAUAAUUAGCAGAAUCACCCUACAAUAAAAGGCAAAAUGGUGUAUUGUCGGACAUCUCUCUCUCUCUCUCUCUCUCUCUCUCUCUCUGGAAGACUGGACGACUAAAAAAUAUAGACAACUAUGAGACCACCACCACUAACGACAAACACAAUUCUUUCAAUGCAAGGUGAAGAUAACGAACAGUGAUCAAUCUCAUAACUCCUACAAGCAAUACAAAAUAGAUAGUUGGGCAAACACGGACCCCUGGACACACCAGAGGUGGGAUCAGGUGCCUAGGAGGAGUAAGCAUCCCCUGUUGACCGGUCACACCCGCCGUGAGCCCCAUAUCCUGAUCAGGUAAACGGAGUUAUCCGCAGUCAAAAUCAGUGUGCCAAGAACGGCUUAACAUUUUUUUUAGAAUAGUAACAAAACCACUACCAACCAAAACAAUAUAAAAUACCGUUAUCAUGAUUCAUAAUAAAUCUAAAACCUAUACAACAGAACAAGUAAAAGACGAAGUAGAAAAUUAAAAUAUCUCGCUUGUAGGGUCCGAGGAGAAGAGAAGUUAACAAACAGAGCCAGUUUGUAUGUGAAUGUUGUUUCCAAAUAGUUGCAGCAAGGGGGACGACAAUUUCGGGUGUGAGGUUAUGCCCAAAUCGUCGCCGGUGUCGAUUUGGGAUGGGCGACGAUUUGGGGUGUAACAUACCUUUCAUUGGCUGCAAGAAAUGCUUUACUGCAGUACAACAGUGCUUCACAAAUACGUCAUCUUUUUUUUUUUUAUUUUAGUGCACGAAGCUGCAAAUCAACUUAUGUAAACAAUGUGAAUAGUAGUACAUGUAAUGCUACGAGUUUGAUAAGAUCAGUCAUCACACUUUAGGAACGCAACAAGAUUAAUUAAUGGUGUGUUAGUGCCUGUACAACAGGUGUAUCGGAGGGGUUGGAGGAAAUGUACAUAGAAAGCAUAAAUUUUGGUUUUAUUUACCGAAGUCUCUGUGUAGUGUGAUACCAUAGUUUUAAUGUUUAUUAAUUGUAAAUUCAUGUCGAUACAGACAAUUGUAAAUUUAAAGAUAACGAGUUAUAAUGAUUAUGGCAUCGAGUUCUUGAACAUGUGACACAGGCAUGGAGUGUAUUAGUGACAGAUUUAAAAUGUUCAGGUCAUGUCUAUAUAACAUUGCGGGAAACACUCGCUGCCAGAAUGUACCACCAUGGCUGCUUUUGGUACGACACUGUUGUUGAUUGUCGCCCUUAGUACACACCUUGGUUAUAGUGAAGGAAGCGGAUGCAAUAUCCACAGCGGUAUUGACUACUAUUCGUGUACCAAGUAUGCCCAUGUCAAGUACUAUGUGAAUGUUCCAUGUGGGUUUUGGCACUGGCUCCGAUGUGCCAGAACAAGGUACACAUCCUCAGCACACAACUCCAUCUGUACACGGACAUGUAGAGUGAAUGGUGGUUGGAGUUCAUGGCAGGGGUGGUCUACGUGGGGGUCGUGUGAUAAGACCUGCGGACAAGGAAACAGAUUUAGAUAUAGUUUACGACAGUGUAAUAAUCCAACCCCGAAAAAUAAUGGCGCUUAUUGUUCUGGAUCCAACUCAAAAAAGGAUUUCCUGCCGUGUGAGACGGGAUCCAAACAGUGCCCAGUGGAUGGCAACUGGGGGGCGUGGCUGUCUUGGGGGAUGUGGGGGGCGUGUAGCACAAGCUGCGGAGAAGGAACACGCACAAAGACUAGAAAGCGCUACUGUAACAACCCAGCUCCCAAGUAUGACGGAAAGAAGUGCCAAGGGGAUCGAUUGCAUAAACAAAAGGAGAAGUGUGUUAUUGUGAAAUAUUGUCCAGUGAACGGUGGAUGGAGCAGUUACGGUCCCUGGAGUAGCUUUAGUAAUUGUACGAAGAUUUGUGGGGGUGGUGGGCAAACCCGAUAUAGAUACAGGGAAUGUAAUAGUCCCACACCACAACAUGGCGGACUGAUUUGUACUGGGACAGCCAUUUUAUCCCACACUGCACCAUGUAAUACUAGCUCUUGUCAAGUUGAUAGCAGUACUAACGCAACUGGAAACGGCACUUUGGAUACAGAUGGAAUGGGUUUCAAUAAUUCUUCAGUCCUUUUGAAUGAUACAAUCAUCCAGAAUAUAAACCAAACAGCCAGCGACCUUCCAACCGAACAAAGCAUUAACGAUACAAUCACCCAGAAUACAAACCAAACAGCCAGCGACCUUCCAACCGAACAAAGCAUUAACAGCACUACUCCUGGAACUCCAAACGAUUCGUGAAUGAAUGAAUCCGAAUAAACCUUAAUUAUAUGAAUA